GUGAAAAACCGUUUGAAUGUCCAAACUGCCAUGAAUGUUUUGCUAGGAAUAGCACACUCAAAUGUCACCUGACGGCCUGUCAGUCUGGAGCUGGAGCUAAGAAGGGAAGGAAGAAGCUGUACGAGUGUCAGGUUUGUAACAGCGUGUUUAACAGCUGGGAUCAAUUCAAAGAUCACUUGGUAAUACACACUGGUGACAAACCCAACCACUGUACCUUAUGUGAUCUGUGGUUUAUGCAAGGCAGCGAGCUGAGAAGGCAUCUCAAAGACAUACACAAUAUUUCAGAACGUCUAGUGACCGAAGAUGUUCUUCCAGUGGAAGCUGAACCAGUAACAUCAAUGACUAUAAUAGAACAAGUGGAACAAGUCCACGUCCUACCAGUAAUUCAGGUACAGGUGGAUCCUGCACAGGUGGCUGUGGAACAGGUGCACCCGGAUCUCAUACAGGACGGUCAAGUGAAAGGCACGCAGAUAGAUGAACUGCAAGAGCAGGUGCAAAUUAGUUACUUGGAGGUUGAACACAUUCAGACCGAACAAGGUGCUGAAGUUCACGUGGAGCAGUUACAAGUUGAGCACGUAAAUCAAAUACAGAUGGAAGAAGUCCAGGCAGAACUCAUAGACGGAACAGACCUUGAACAAGUAGAAUAUGAAAAUGUCGAUCAAGGAGAAGCAGAAGGAAAGGAACCUAAUCAAGUAGAUGAUGCAGGUAAGGAAUAUCAUGAACAAGCUGAAGACUUAAAACCACAAGAAUCGGUGGACACUCAGGAUAAAAAGAUGGAUGACUAG